AUGUGGUUCCUCAUCUUUAUCCUCUCCCUCUUCAUCACUUUCCUGUUCAAAUCCCUUCUGCUUCCCUCUAAACCCUCCACCAAACUCGUCGGCGCUGUUCUACCGCCGGGACCCAUCUCGAUUCCCAUAAUCGGAAACUUCAUAUGGCUCUACAGACUCUCCUCCGGAAUCGAACCCAUACUUGCUGACCUCUACGCGAAGCAUGGCCCUGUCGUCUCACUCCCAAUCCCUUUCAGCUCUCACCCCGCCAUUUUCAUCAACGACCGCUCACUGACCCACCAAGUCUUAGUCCAAAAAGGUGCCGUCACUUCGGACCGCCCUCCUCCCAAGCGCAUCACCAAGCUCAUCACUAACAACAACCGAGUCAUCCACAGCAGCGGCUACGGCCCAACAUGGCGUCUCCUCCGCCGAAACCUCAUGUCCGAGGUUCUAAACCCUUCUCGGAUCAACUCCUACACCUCUUCCCGGAAAUGGGCUUUAGAUACACUCACCAACCGUCUGGACCGGUCUGUAUCGUCGAACGGACCGGUCGUCGAAGUUUUAGAACACUUCCAGAUCUCCAUCACUUCUUUGUUCGUGUAUAUGGCUUUUGGUGUGAAGGUGGAGGAUGAGGCGAAGAUGAAAGAAAUUAUCCAUGUUCAGCGUCGCUUUGUCUUUGGUAUGGUAAGAGGUUUCCAAACCCUAAACUUGGGACCGAGAUGGUUGAACAAGAUUUUAUUCCGUAAGGGUUGGAAUGAGUUCUACGAAAUUCGAAAACAACAAAAGCACCUCUUGUUCCCUUUCAUACAAGCACGAAAGAAGGUUAAACAAGAAAGAGUAGAUAAGGAAAACGAUGACUCCAUGGUACCUUAUGUUGAUACAUUGCUGGAUUUAAAAGACCUCCACGAGAACAGAGACUUCAAUGAUGGAGAACUACUGGAUCAAUGCUCGGAGGUUGUGAACUCUGGCACAGACACCAUGUCAGUUUCAUUGCAGUGGACGAUGGCGAAUAUAGUGAAAUACCCUCAUGUUCAGAAAAGGCUUGUUGAAGAGAUUAAAGAGCUUGUGGGGGUUGGAAGCGAAGAGGUGAAAGAGGAGGAUCUUCAGAAGAUGCACUAUUUGAAAGCGGUGGUGAUGGAGGCUCUAAGGCUUCACCCACCAGGACACUUUGUGCUUCCACACUCGGUUACAGAGGAUAUUGUUUUGGAUGGACGAUAUAUGCUACCAAAGAACUGUACUGUGAAUUUCAUGGUUGCUGAAAUGGCCAGGGACCCAAGUGUUUGGGACGAGGCCUCGAAGUUUAAGCCUGAGAGGUUUAUGAGUGAUGGAGAUAAUGUACAGUGUGAUAUAACAGGGAGUAAAGAGAUUAAAAUGAUACCUUUCGGGGCAGGGAGGAGGAUAUGUCCUGGGUGGGGUUUGUCCAUGCUUCUUUUGGAGUAUUUGGUGGCAAAUUUGGUUUGGAAGUACGAGUGGGAUGCUGUGGAUGGAGUUGGUGUUGAUUUGACAGAGAAGCAAGAGGCUACCUGGGUGAUGAAGAAUCCAUUACAGGCCCAUAUAUCUCCAAGGUUGAACAAGUAAACAUAAAUUAUCGGUCAUUUGUGUGUAAUAAAUCAUAUCGGUUCAUAUUAUCAACAAGCCUUUAAUUAUACAUGUUUUAUUUAGGGAAGUGAAAUCUAUACUCCUUAAAUUGUAAUC